AUGCAGGUUACAAUCGCACCGGCAAGUAACAAAACGAGCACAGCAGCCAUUCGCUCGCUGUUGUCACAAAACCCCGAUGUUCAGGUCAAAGGCUUGUACCGUGAUCCAAAGAAAGUCCCGGGCGAGUUUAGCUCUGCCAACAAUUUCACGGCGGUUCAAGGUGAUGUUGGAGAUGUGAAUACCCUAGACUUCUCCGGUUCCGAUGCCGUCUUGAUGGUCCUUCCGCCUGCCUACGACGGCCGCGAUAUCGUUGAGCAUGCGCAAAGAAUCUCAAAAAAUGUCAAAACAGCGAUUGAGAAGGCUGGUAGCGUUAAAAGACUUGUGUUGCUCUCGAGCGUUGGUGCUGAAUUCUCAGAGGGCGUGGGCGAGCUGAAGACAAAUCACAUCUCGGAACAAGUUUUAAAAACCACGGAUAUCCCUGAGAUCAUUAUUAUCAGAUGCUCAUACUUUAUGGAAAACUGGACCAUGUCCAUCGAAACACUCAAAGGCCCAAACCCCUUCUUCUUCUCGACCAUCACGCCACUAGACUUCGAGAUCGCCAUGGUCGCCAUUCAAGACAUUGGCGAAGCAAUGGCUACACAACUCACUCGCGACUGGACACCUCCAAGCAAACCUUAUAUCAUGGAACUACACGGACCGGAGCCAUAUUCUUCGCUGGACGCACAGAGGGCAUUGUCGCAGGCGUUGGGUAGGGACGUUGAGAUCAAGGCGGUUGAGAAAGAAGACCUUGCGGAAUUUUAUGGCAAGAUAUUUGCGCCGCAGAUUGUGAAUGAGUGGGUUGAAAUGAGUACAUGCUUUUUGCCCGGUGGCAUUGCUGAGAAGGAUCUUUCGAAGCCGAGUGACGUUGAUGUUAUCUAUGGCAAGACAACUUUGACUGAGGCUUUAACAGAAGCGACAGCGGAGUUGAGGAAGUAA